AUGCUGUUCCCCUGGUGCUGCAAACCAUGGACCGCGGACAAGGCUCAGGGCGAGCAAAACUCAACAGAGUUUGUGCGGGCUGUGCCGCUCAGCUCCGCCACCCACUCGAACUUCCAGGCGUUUGCGCUCAGUGAGGUCCAGGAAGAGGAGGAGCGCACCCCGGCCUUGCCGCCCCCGCGGCAUGCCGAAGUACCACCCAUCAGGGCGGGCUUCGGGAUCACGGGCCAAAACGCCGAGAAGGCGCGCCUCCAACAGGCCGUCAAGCUUUUCGCAAAGGAAGCCAUGCAGGGUAUGGUUGUCCAACUGAUCGAUGAGGACACAGGUGGUAUAUCGUCGGCAACCCUUGUGAUGGACAGGUCCCUUCGCAACCUCAAGCUUGAUGAGGCAGACGAGGGCUCCAGGGACUAUCGCAUGCAGGACAUGUCUGCCAUCUUCAGAGACUCUGAGUUUCAGCAGGUCGUCCCGGGCUUGGCACACCUGGCACCCCGGUGCUUGGCCGUAGACUUCAGCAAAGAGACUGACUUCCGGCUGUGUUUCCAGUUCGAGGAUGCCGACCAGCGCGACAACUUCUACAGCUGUCUCAAGAUCUUGCGGAUGUCGCUGGAUGCGAGCAGCUCCCUGCCUCGAGAAGACAUGGAUUGA